AUGGACCCGACACACCUCCAACCAGGCAUAUUCCUGCACCCGCGCCCCAGGAAGCCCCUCCUCUCAUCCCAUCCCCCCAACAAGCGCCGCAAGACGGAGCACCACAAGGUCGAGGAGAUCAAUUUUGACGAUACGAGUCGAGCGGACUACCUGACGGGCUUCCAUAAGCGAAAAGUGCAGCGUGCGAAGCGAGCAAGGGAGGAGGAGGCAAAGAAGGGGAGGGAAGAGAGGGUGUUAAUGAGGAGGCAGCUCCGCGAAGAAAGAAAGCAAGAACUAGAAGAACACGUCUCGGCCAUCAACGCUGCCCUCCGCGCCGUCGGCGACCCCGAUGUCGCAUCCUCCGACUCGGACAGCGAUGCCUGGCACGGCUUCUCAGACGACGACGAAAAAGCGACAUCGAAAUCAAAACCGAAAUCAAUAUCAAAAUUAAACUCUAACCCUCUCCCCGCCGCCCCAGUACUCGACCACGAAGAAGAAUACCUCUCUUCAGACGAAGACAAACACACAACUGUCACCAUCGAAGCAGUCGACGUCUCGAAAGAGGGCUUACACCGCAUAGCCAACGGAGACGAAAGUGGAGAAGACGGAAGCGAAAGCGAGAACAGGACGAAAGCGUGGAAUUCAAAAAAAGCGGCGGCAAAGGAAAAGGAAAAGGAAGAGGCAGAGGCAGGGGGAGGAGGCAAGAAGAAAUGGCCCAAGAAGGAACGCAAGCCGAAAUUUAGGUACGAGAGUAAGGUUGAGCGCAAGGCGGCGCGGAUGAAGCAGAAGGGUAAGAAGAGGGCUAGUGCGGAGGCGAGGAAGGGGGGUGGGUAG